AUGGAUGCGGAUAGAAGCUCAAUCAAGAAGAAAGAGAUAGAAGUUGGGCAGAUCGAAGCUACGCGUGAUACUCACAGCCCUGUCCCUGACAUCCUGCGCCACUACACGCCCGACCAACUGGCAUCCCUGGAGAAGAAACUCGUUCGGAAGAUCGAUUUGCGCUCUCUCCCCAUCUUAAUCAUCCUCUUUUUGCUCAAUGUCCUCGACCGAAACGCCAUCGCCAAUGCCCGUCUCGGGGGCUUGGAAGCAUCGCUAGGCAUCGACGACGUGCAGUACCAAACGGCUGUAAUGGUACUGUGGGCUGGCUAUAUUUCCAUGAUGGUGCCAUCAAAUAUGCUUCUGUCAAUUUUCAAACCGCGACUUUACUUGCCCACUGUCGUUAUAGUAUGGGGUAUUGUGUCUGGCGCUACUGGAUUUGUACAAAAUCAUGCUGGAUUGGUGGCACUGAGGUUUCUUGUUGGAGUUACAGAAGCUCCAUACUUUCCCGGUUGUAUUUUCUUCCUCUCUUGCUGGUACACGCGGAAGGAGUUGCCUAGUCGUAUUGCAACCUUUUACUCGGGGUACACGCUGUCAUCGGCCUUUGGUGGUCUUAUUGCGGCUGGGAUCGUUGAUGGGAUGGAAGGGCUGGGUGGCUAUCCUUCUUGGAGAUGGAUCUUCAUUAUCGAAGGUGCGCUUACGAUCAUUAUGGCGUUUGGUGGAUAUGCGCUUUUACCGAACUACCCCUCGAACACUUCGUUCUUGUCAGCUGAAGAGACUGCUAUGGCUCAAUGGCGUCUUGAACGCGAGAAUGAUGGCGUAGCAGACGAAGUCGAAGAAUCCGUUUUCACUGGUCUCAGACAGGCCUUUUCUGACCCGAAAGUGCCACUACUGGUCUUCAUUCAGACUUGCGCUGUCGUUUCUAUGAGUUUCACGUACUUCUUCCCAUCCAUUGUCAAGACGCUCGGAUUCCCACGCGUCCAAACCUUACUACUUACAGCACCUCCUUAUUUCCUGGCCUUCUUCUUUUCAAUCCUCAACUCGUGGCACUCAGGACGCACAGGCGAACAUUGCUUCCACAUCGUCACUGCGUGUGUGAUAUCUGCCGUUGGGCAAAUCAUCUCCAUGUCAACGCAUCAGACUGGCCCUCGAUAUUUCGCCAUGUUUCUGCAAGCUAUGGGUUCGUUUUCGGCCUUUCAGCUCAUCUUACCCUGGGUCUCUGCCACUGUUGCGCGCCCAAAGGCGAAGAGAGCUGUGGCACUUGCCUUGGCUACAGCCGUGUCUAAUGCAACGAACAUUGCCACUGCAUACCUUUACCCUGAGUGGAGUGCACCUCUUUACCGUAUGGGAUGUAUUGUGUUAACUGUGGCGCUACUUUGCUGCGCAGCUGCAUCUCUCACCCUUCGAUUUUGGCUCCAGAAACUCAAUCACAGGUCGGACCAGGCUGUCGGUAUAGAGGGAGUAACCAAUGGACCCGGAGUACUCUUCCGCUACACACUAUAG